UCAGCACGAGAGAGGCUACUCCAAAAUGAAGGUUUUCCUUGUCCUCCUGCUGGGAGCAGUCCUGUGCUUGGACUCAGGUUCUUCUUUGCAGUGUUACAGCUGCUCAGCACAGCUCAGCAACGCCAACUGUCAGACGAAAGUGGACUGCAAGGAUAAGGAAAUGUGCAAGACAGAAGUGAUCAGGCUCAUAGGGCUCUUCAACAUCAUCAGCAAAGGCUGUGACUCGUCAUGUGCAUCACUCUAUGAGGACUUCAGCAUAGGCAAUAGGAAUAUCUCCUGCUGCAGCAACAACCUCUGCAAUGUCAACGCAGCGGGCAGUGUGAGGUGCAGCUAUGGGAUGGCAGCAGCGACAGCAGCCAGCGUGCUCUGGACCUUUCUGAACAACAGACUGUGAGGAGCA